AUGGCCGAGCAGAUGGCGCGCGCUGGCGCUGGAGGCAGCGGUGGCAGUGGUGGCAGUGGUGGCAGCGGUGGCGACGAGGGCAUCACGAACUUGGUCGUGAAUGUUCGAGAGGCGGACUGGGCAACAAUCGACUGCAUCAGCAGCCACACGGAGGCGGCGGAGCGGGCGGCGAUGCGGCGCCGCCACAGCGCCGCAGCCGCGGCUUCCUCGUCGUACGGCGACACGUGGUCCGUUUACAGCCCCGAGGGCGAGGCGUUCUUCGCAGCCAUGGCGUGCGGCAUCGUUCUCGGCUGCCUCGGCGUCUUCAGCGACGCGUGCGCGCACUGGGUGAGCGCCUUCCGCUCGGGCAUUUGCGCGAACUUCUUCUGGCUGGGCCGCAACAUGUGCUGCGUCGACAGCCGUGAAUGCGGCGAGUACUACUCGUGGGGCGAGUUCUUCCUCGGCCGCGACAACCAUGUCGUGGCUUUUGUGGACUUCGUCAUGUACGUCAGCUUCUCCACCAUGGCGGCCGUCACGGCGGCGUACCUGUGCAAGACCUACGCCCCCUACGCUUCUGGCGGCGGCAUUGCAGAGGUGAAGACGAUCGUGUCGGGCCACCACGUCAAGCGGUACCUUGGUGGCUGGACGCUGAUCACGAAGGUGGUGGGCAUGUGCUUCUCGACAGGGUCCGGCUUGACAGUGGGGAAGGAGGGCCCCUUUGUCCACAUCGGCGCCUGCGUCGGCGGCAUCAUCUCCAGCGCCCUGCCAAGCUAUCAGCAGGAGGCCAAGGAGCGCGAGCUCAUCACCGCCGGCGCGGGCGGUGGCAUGGCCGUUGCUUUCGGUGCUCCUGUCGGCGGGGUUAUCUUCGCCUUGGAGGAUGUCUCCACGUCGUACAACUUCAAGGCCCUCAUGGCGGCCCUCAUCUGCGGCGUGACGGCGGUGCUGCUCCAGUCGCGCGUGGAUCUCUGGCACACCGGCCGCAUCGUGCAGUUUAGCGUCAACUACCAGCACAGCUGGCACUUCUUCGAGCUCCCCGCGUUUGCGGCGAUCGGGUCCUUUGGCGGGUUCGCGGGGUCCGCUUUCAGCGUCGUGAACCUGCGCGUCGGCCGGUGGCGCAAGAAGCACUUGAGUCAGUGGCGGAUCGUCGAGGUCGCCGUCGUGGCUGCCGUCACCGGUGUCGUGAACUUCUUGACGCCGUACGGCUCCGGUAGCAUGCUGGAGCUUCUCGGCGACUGCUUCCAGGACUGCACGCCAAACGGCACCAUCGAGAUGUGCGAGGACGGCGACAUGCGCGCCUUCUUCUCUCUCCUCGUCACCGCCACGGCGAAGUUUGCCAUGUUCGCAUACACCGUCGGUACCUUCCUCCCCGCAGGCAUCCUUGUGCCGUCGCUCACGAUCGGCGCGCUGUACGGCCGCGCCUUUGGCAUGAUGUUCCGUGCGUUGCAGGAGACCUACGCAAGCUCGUACGUCUUCACGGAGUGCUACGACCAGGACCUGUGCGUCAUCCCUGGUGUGUACGCGAUCGUCGGCGCGGCGGCCAUGCUGACCGGCGUCACCCACAUGACCAUCUGCCUGGCAAUCAUCAUGUUCGAGCUCACGGGCUCGCUGGAGUACAUGGUGCCCGUCAUUGUGGGCAUACUCUGCGCCAAGGCGGCCGGCGAGGCUGUCGGGGUAAAGGGCACGUACGAGAUCGGCAUCGAGGAGAACAAGCUACCCUAUCUAGACCCGAAGAGGGAGUUCUACCUCGACUUUGUUGCCAAGAACGUCUACGGGAACAAGCAGUUCACCCUCCUGACGGCGUACGGGCUGCAGGUGCGCGACAUCAACGAGCUUGUCACCAAGAUGAACGUCACCGGCUUUCCCGUCGUCGAGUCGCCCAGUGACAUGACGCUGCUCGGAUACGCGCCUGCAAAGAGGCUUGUACGGGCCAUCCAAAUGGCCGCGGCGCGUAACAGCGACGUGAACCUCGGCACAUACAUUCGCUUCAAGACGACUCCGUCCCACUCGCACGACGCGACCUUCCUCGAGGUGGACCUCACGGACAUCCUGGAGAGCUGCCUGCUGCAGGUAGAGCCGGAGUGCUCCGUGAAGAAGUUGCUGUACCUGUUCAAGUCCCUCGGCACCCAUCACAUCCUCGUCUGCCGCUACUCGAAGUUCGAGGGCUUUAUUAGCAAGAAGGACUUCAUCGACUUCAUGCGCGUCAAGGAACGCGAGGAAAACAUGGAGGAUGAUGAGCUGGAGCGAGAGCGGCGUGAGCGAGUCCGGCAGGGGCGUCGUCACGAGACCGCAACGGCAGCGGUCGACGUCGCGCCAGUGGCUGCCCAGUACCGCUGA